CCUAGAAACACUGGUAGGGUUUUAAUUUAACUCUUCAGCUGCAGACCAGUGGAACUCUCUGGCUGCGCUCUAUCUUUGGCUCGGGAUCGAGAAUUUGCAGAAGCGGCAGUCAUGGUGAAGUACUCGAGGGAGCCAAGCAAUCCUACCAAGUCCUGCAAAGCCAGGGGCAGUGAUCUUCGGGUUCAUUUUAAGAAUACUAGAGAGACCGCCCAUGCUAUUAGGAAGUUGGCCUUGGUGAAGGCUAAAAGCUACUUGGAGGAUGUGAUUGUCCAUAAGCAAGCUAUUCCCUUUAGGCGUUUCUGUCGCGGUGUGGGCCGAACUGCUCAGGCGAAGAACCGUCACUCAAAUGGACAAGGACGCUGGCCUAUGAAGUCUGCUAAGUUUAUUCUUGAUUUGCUCAAGAAUGCUGAGAGCAAUGCUGAGGUGAAAGGUUUGGAUGUGGAUGCUCUUUAUGUUGCUCACAUCCAAGUAAAUCAAGCACAGAAGCAAAGGCGACGGACCUACAGAGCACAUGGGCGGAUCAACCCAUACAUGUCUUCCCCUUGCCACAUUGAAUUGACUCUGUCGGAGAAGGAAGAAUCUGUUAAGAAAGAGCCUGAGACUCAGUUGGCUCCAAGGAAGGUUAAAGGUCAAGCUCUUCGCAGUGGUGCAUCCUCUUAAACAGCUGUGGAGUUCUAGAUUGAUUCAAGAGUAGUCCACAUCAUAUGAAAUUUCCAGCUUACCCUGUUUGUUAAAAUACUCUGAACUUGAGUUUUCAUCAUGGGAUGCUCAUGAAUUUUGGAUGUUAUGCUAUUAUAACUAAUUUAAGUCCUUAAUGAUCUGUUAAACAUGAGAUUCUUGUUAAUGCUUUGAAUAGUUAAUUAUAGACUGUACUGCCUCUGCUAGA